CAGGCCGGGACUCCUAUUGGCUGGAUCAGCUGAGGGUGACGUCACUGGGACGUACUAAGACUAGGGUUGGGCCGGGAAUCGGAGCCAUUACUGCAGGAAAAGGUCCCGCGGAGCGGAGCCGUCAAGAUGUGUGACUUCACCGAGGACCAGACUGCAGAGUUCAAGGAGGCCUUUCAGCUGUUUGACCGGACAGGGGACGGCAAGAUCCUGUACAGCCAGUGUGGGGAUGUGAUGAGGGCCCUGGGCCAGAACCCCACCAACGCCGAGGUGCUCAAGGUCCUGGGGAACCCCAAGAGUGAUGAGAUGAAUGUGAAGGUGCUGGACUUUGAACACUUCCUGCCCAUGCUGCAGACUGUGGCCAAGAACAAGGACCAGGGCACCUAUGAGGACUAUGUCGAAGGCCUUCGGGUGUUUGACAAGGAAGGGAAUGGCACGGUCAUGGGUGCUGAAAUCCGGCAUGUUCUUGUCACCCUGGGUGAGAAGAUGACGGAGGAAGAAGUAGAGAUGCUGGUGGCAGGACAUGAGGACAGCAAUGGUUGUAUCAACUAUGAAGCAUUUGUGAGGCAUAUCCUGUCUGGGUGACGGGCCCAGUGGGGCGGAGCUCGUCCGUAUGGUGCUGAAUGGCUGAGGACGUUCGAGCCCUGUGUCUUCCCCUGUGUGAGACUACAUGUAGCCCUGAAGGCGUCCUAGGUCCUCUUGUCACAGCACCUUCGCCAGCUCGUCUCUCUUGGAUGAUAUUUGCUGUCAGCAUUCACCAAAUAAACUUGCUCUGUGCCCUAA